GGACACCGGGGCGAGCGGCGGGAGCGUCAGCGGGGCCUGGCCGAGGGGAUUUACCGGAGCUCGGCACGGAUUUACCGGGGCUCGUAACGGAAAGGGAGAUUUUUUUUGUACCGGGACAACUUUUGGGAAACCGCCGGGAGUUUUUCUGUAGCGGAGCCACCGGAGCCGGUCACGGAUGGAGCGGAGCGUGUGAGGGGGGUUUUGGAACGGAGAGCCGGAGAUCGGAACGGACGGUACCGGAGAUUAUAGGGAACAACCGGAGAUCGGAACGGACGGUACCGGAGAUUAUAGCGGACAACCGGAGCUGGGCACGGACGGUACCGGAGCUUAUAGCGGAUAACCGGAGCUUGGCACGGAGGGUAGCGGAGCUUUUAGGGCACGACCGGACACGGCGGCGCUCGGUACCGGCAAACCGGAGCUCGGCACGGACGGUACCGGAGCUUAUAGCGAAAAGCAGAGCUUUUAGCGGACAACCGGAGCUUACAGCGGACGGUACCGGAGCUUUUAGCGCACAACCGGAGCACGGCACGGACACACCGGAGCUCACAACCGCUUAAGCGGGGCACACCGGACACCCACCGGAGCCUGACCGGAGCCUGACCGAGCCGAGCCUCCCCCCGCCCCGUGAUGCCGCCGGUGCUAACGGCGUGACCCCGCAGCUUUGUGGCGGCGGGGCGGCCCCCGCGGCCCCGGGGCCAUGUUCCAGGGGUUCCCCGGGGAUUACGACUCGGGCUCCCGGUGCAGCUCGUCGCCCUCGGCCGAGUCCCAGUACCUGUCGCCGCUCGACUCCUUCGGGAGCCCCGCGGCCGCCGCCGGGGCCGCUCAGGAGUGCAGCGCCCUGGGGGACAUGCCCGGCUCCUUCGUGCCCACGGUGACGGCCAUCACCACCAGCCAGGACCUGCAGUGGCUGGUGCAGCCCACGCUCAUCUCCUCGGUGGCCCCGGGGGCUCCCAUGGCCCAGCAGCCGCCGCAGCCGCCGCCGCCGCCCCCUCCUCCCCUGGACCCCUACGAGCUGCCCGGGCCCAGCUACGGCACCCCCGGCAUGGGCGGCGGGAGCUUCGCGGGACCACCGGGACCGACCCCCGGCAGAGCCCCCCGGGCGAGGGCGCGGCGGGGCCGGGAAGAGACGCUGACCCCUGAGGAGGAGGAGAAGCGCCGCGUGCGGCGGGAGCGGAACAAACUGGCGGCGGCCAAAUGUCGCAACCGGCGCCGCGAGCUGACGGACCGGCUGCAGGCGGAGACGGACCAGCUGGAGGAGGAGAAGGCCGAGCUGGAGUCGGAGAUCGCCGAGCUGCGCAAGGAGAAGGAGCGCCUGGAGUUCGUGCUGGUGGCCCACGCUCCCGCCUGCAAGGUCCCCUUCGAGGACAUCGGCGGCGCCACCACCGCCGCCGCCGCCGCCGCCGCCGCCGCCAUGGUGGCCCCUGUCCCCGUCACCGUCCCCGUCUCCUCCGAGGUGAGCAGCCCGGGCAAGGCUCCGCUGUCCCCGCUGUCGCCGCUGCCGUUGUUCCUCCUCCCGCAGGGUCCCUUCCCCGCCUGCUGGGGACCCCCUAACGCGACCCCCCCCGCGUUUGUGUCCCCCCACCCAGAGGGAGCCUCCUCCUCCUCCUCCUCCUCGUGCGGAGCCUCGCACCAGCAGCGGAGCGGCGGCGGCGGCGGCAGCGGCGACCACCGGGGCUCCUCCUCCUCCUCCUCGGACUGCCUGAGCUCCCCCUCGCUCCUCGCGUUGUGAACGGGGCAGGUGGCACUUGGUCACCUCCGUGCGUCCCCUCGGUCACCUCCGUGUGUCCCCCGCUCGGGGGGUUCCCUGUCCCCCUCGAGGUGACCCCUCCAGGUCACCUCCACCGGGGCUGCUCCUCCUCCUCCUCUUCCUCGUCCUCCUCCUCCUCGGACUGCCUGAGCUCUCCCUCGCUCCUCGCGUUGUGAACGGGGCGAGGUGGCACUUGGUCACCUCCGCGUGUCCCCUUGGUCACCUCCGCGUGUCCCCUUGGGCCUUGAGGUGGUCCCUGUCCCCCCUCCAGGUGCCACCUCCAGGUGACCUCUGUGUCCCCCCUCAAGGAGGUCCCUGCACCUCCAGGUGACCCUUCCAGGUCACCUCCCACUUUGUCACCUCCAUGUCCCCCUCGAGGGGCUCCAGGGGCCACCUCCCCCCUCUCCAGGUGUCAUUUGUCACCUCCGUGUCCCCCCUCGAGGAGGUCCCUGCGCCUCCAGGUGUUCCCUCCAGGUGACUCCUCCAGGUGACACCUCCAGGUCACCUCCGUGUCCCCCCCUCAAGGAGGUCCCUGCGCCUCCAGGUGCCACCUCCAGGUGUCAACUCCCACUUUGUCACCUCCUCCUCCUCGGACUGCCUGAGCUCUCCCUCGCUCCUCGCAUUGUGAACGGGGGCAGGUGGCACUUGGUCACCUCCGUGUCCCCUUUGUCACCUCCGUGUCCCCCUGAGGAGCUUCAGGAGCCACCUCCACAUUCUCCAGGUGUCCCUUUGGGGUCCCCCCCUGCUCGGAGGUGUCACUUUGUCACCUCCGUGUCCCUUUCAGGGGGUCCCUGGACCUCCAGGUGACCCCUCCAGGUGCCCCCUCCAGGUGUCCCCAUCCAGGUGCCACCUCCAGGUGUGGCCUCGUGUCCCGCCUGUCCCCUCACCUGUCCCCUCCCCCCUCUCCUCGCUUGGCCUUGGCUCCGCCCCCUCCCCUCCCUCCCCCCCGGUAUAUAAAUCUAUUUUUGUUGCGCGGGAGAUGUUUAAUUUUUUAUUAUUAAUUAUAACGAGGAUAAUUAUUGUUCGUGCCGUGUUCGUGCCCACCCCGGGGGUCGCGCCCCCUCCCCCCUCGGGGGUCGCCCCCUCCCCCGGUCCGCGCUCGUCCCCCCCUCCCCCAAACGUGGCCAAUAAAAGCUUCCAGCGGC